CUCCUCCUCCUCCUCCUCCUCCCACUCUCUCCCCGCCUCCUUCUCCGGAGAGCGGUCCAGGCUGCGUCUUCUGACUCUGCUGCGGGCGCUUGGAGAGUGAGAAGGAGCUCAGGUUUACCUUGGUGAAAGUUACAUCUGCAUUGCUGUGUUGGUGUACUCAGCCUAAAUAUUCCAAAGAGCAAGAGGAGACUUGAGAGAAAAUGGCCACCGGCAAUGCUCAGAUUGGGAAGCCAGUUCCAGACUUCCAUGCCACAGCAGUGGUAGAUGGAGCCAUUAAGGAAUUAAAGUUGUCAGACUACAAAGGAAAAUAUGUAGUACUAUUCUUCUACCCACUGGACUUCACCUUUGUGUGCCCCACGGAGAUUAUAGCUUUCAGCGAUCGAGCUGAGGAAUUCCGCAAGAUCAACUGUGAAGUUAUCGCUGCCUCUGUUGACUCUCAGUUCACCCAUUUGGCCUGGAUCAAUACUCCAAGAAAGGAUGGAGGCUUGGGUUCCACGAACAUCCCACUUGUGUCUGAUGUCAGCCACAACAUCUGUAAGAACUUUGGUGUCCUGAAGGAGGAUGAAGGCAUUGCGUACAGAGGUCUGUUCAUAAUUGAUGACAAAGGCAUCGUGCGGCAAAUUACUGUCAAUGAUCUCCCUGUGGGGCGUUCUGUGGACGAGACGUUGCGCCUGGUACAAGCCUUUCAGUUCACUGACCAGCAUGGUGAAGUGUGCCCAGCUGGCUGGCAACCUGGUGGUGACACCAUCAAGCCCACAGUGAAAGACAGCAAGAUCUUCUUUGCCAAGCAGCAGUAACCAGCUUCUUGUUGUGCUACUGAAGAAAUCUGAUCUAAUGUGAAGGGAUUAUUCAUACAGAAUCUUCCCCAUUUUAGUUCUCUAGAAGAAAAAUCACUCUGGAAGAGUUGGGCUACAAAAGUAUUGUGCACCAAGUAUUCACCUGUAGAACUACUUCGAAUGUAGGUUUAAGUAGGGCAUCUGUUUGAUCAUGCAUCAAUAAAAGUGAUGAUUUAAAUAUGAAAA